ACACGCCGUUCCAACUGACUUAGUGCAGUGUCUGCCUGCUAGACCACUCUGCGCUCACUGGCGCAGCAGCUGCUGCUGGGAAUUGAUUUUCUUUCCUGCGAGAUCCGAUUGAAUUGGUGGUAUUGUGAGGCUGUUUUGGGGACUCCAAGCGAUGUUUGUGUUUUUAUAAAUCAUCACGGUUCUUAAAAUGACUAUACUGUACUACUACUAGUCAGGAAAAUUUCUAGAAUGUCACAGUCCCAGUUUGAUUUAUACCGGCACUAGCAAUGCAGCUUGGUCUGCUACUGCCAGCAGCUGCACAAAACACAUUCUUAAAAUAACCCCAUUGUGCUUUCUAUAAACAGCCAACAAAACAGAAGUACUAUCUUUCUUCAGCCCUGAUGAUAAACUACUGGCAGCAGUCUUAUUGGGGCUUCUUCCUGGCGUUACAAUUCGCACUGGUAACAGGAACCCCCAAACACACUGCAGCCAGUAGAUUUUGCGUUGUCUUAAAAGCCGUCAUAACGCCACAGAAACACUUCACCUACCCAAAGACGCCGAGAGGUAUGCUAUCCCGAAAGAAGAGUAAAAACGAAGCGUCGAAACCAGCCGAGGUGCCCGGAAAAUAUGUGAAGAAGGACACCUCGCCGCUCCUGAGAAAUUUGAUGCCCUCGUUCAUUCGGCAUGGGCCGACCAUUCCAAGACGGGCAGACGUCUGUUUGCCAGACUCUGGACCAGCGGGUUAUUCCGUGGCAGCGGUGCCGGCUGUGGUUCCCAGCAGCGAGGCCGUCAUUUCCCGGAACCAGAGUUUCCUACGCCCACCAGUGCAGCGGCAGCCCCGUGAGAUUGCGCGGCGGGAGAGCAACCGCCUCUCUGCGCCCGCCUACAUUUCACGCAGCCUGGCUGACAUUCCCCGGGAGUACGGCAGCUCGCAGCCCUUCCUGCCCGAGGUGAACCCAGUGGCGGAGAACGGAGACGCUAGCAGCGGCGGCCGCUAUUACUACCCCCAGGACCCGUACUACGAGGGCCAGCGGCGGCGGAACGUACCCGACCGCGUGCACGAGGACUAUCGGUACUACGAACACAGUAACGAUCACUUCCAAAGGGGGCCGGCGCAAGGAAGGCACCCUCAUGUCAUUGGAAGAAUCCAGGCAAAGUCUCUGGGGAACCUGACCAGUCCGGGCGGAGAUGACCUGCCCCUGCCCCCUGGCUGGACGGUGGACUGGACGAUCCGCGGCAGGAAGUACUACAUCGACCACAACACCAACACCACCCACUGGAGCCACCCGCUGGAGAGAGAGGGCCUGCCGCCGGGCUGGGAGAAGGUGGAGUCUGCAGAGUUUGGGGUCUACUACGUGGACCACAUCAACAAGAGGGCACAGUACAGGCACCCCUGUGCACCAAGUGUCCCUCGCUAUGACCAGCCUCCCCCUCUCCCACCACCUGUCAUUUACCAGCCACGGCAGGCAGACCGCAGUCAGCCUGUUCUGGUGCCGGCAAACCCCUACCACACCGCGGAGAUCCCAGACUGGCUGCAGGUCUAUGCCAGAGCGCCGCUCAAGUACGAUCACAUCCUGAAGUGGGAGCUGUUUCAGCUGGUGGAUCUGGACACAUACCAGGGCAUGCUGAAGCUGCUGUUCAUGAAGGAGCUGGAGCGCAUCGUCAAGUCCUACGAGGCCUACAGGCAGGCCCUGCUCAGCGAGCUGGAGAUGCGCAAGCAGAGGCAGCAGUGGUACGCCCAGCAGCACAGCAAGAACUUCACAGGAAACAUGUGAGAGGAGGAGGAGGAGGAGGACAUGGGCUUAAUCUCCCACUUCCACAGGUGCUUGGACUCGGGUGUUUCCUCCUACACUUACCAAUGCGCUUUUGAAUAACUUGCCGCCCGUUUGUUUGGUUUUAGAUCUGAGAUGUAACGAGGUUUGGGGUGAGGAGGGGUCCAGCUAGAUCGAGCCCAAUUAGCAACCCCCCACCGCCCAUCCCACCCCAAUUCCACUGCACAUUCGAGGUGAUGUGCGCCGAGAACUGAAGUGACCAAACGCGGUGGGAAGAAAGAGGGCAUCUUAUAAUCAUUUAUUUAUUGGCUGCAGGGUUGUAGACAAAUAAUACAAAUAAUACGUUUUAAGUUUGUUUUUUUAAUUCCCUGUUUAAAUGAUGGGCUGUGCGGCCUGUAUUAAUAAUGACUAAGCUAGAGCAGGACGAGAACGCAUUCAUGUCUAGUCUAAAGGAGUGAUUCUUACUCUGAACACCUGGACUGUCUGUCACCUUGUUUUUACGAUUUGAAAUGUCCUGUAUUUCUAUCUGUUACAUGCCACAGUGUUUUGUUUACUUGCCUGUAGUUCACCUGUUUUAAUUAAGCAGCCUCCAUUGCUUGUUUUCAGUUGAACACCAAUGUUUGCUGAUUCUUGUCUGUGCCGUGGGUCCUUGCUCUGCAGUGGGAAUCACUUGAUGAAUGUUGCUUAGCAGCAAGCCAUUCCUACGAGCUUAAUUAUCCACUUUCUCAAAGCUCAGGUAGCCCCAAGGCUACAUUUGCAAGUAAAAAAAAAAAAAAAGAAUCCUGUUUAGUUUCCAUUGAUAGUGUUUUUUUUUUUUUUUUUAAGACCAUCUUUGACUGGUGUUUAACAUCCACUUGCAGAUUGUAUUGUAUUUCAGCGUGGAACUUGAUGUGCUCUUAUUUACUGCCUCCUUGCCUUCAUGAUGCAGAAGAGUUAUUUUACAACCAAAGGAUUUCUAAGGCAUGGGAUAAGAAACCUCAGCCCUUCUAGUCCAGGUCUUUGUUUCAACCACAGGGUUUGAAAAAAAGACUCCCAUUGCAUAGCGGUUUCAUCCAUUCCUGGUAUUACUUAAAAACCUGGAAUGGGUGACACUGCUGUGCAACAGGAGUCUUGUUGCCAUCCCUGAACCAUAUUGUCCGAUGCAAUCUAAUGAACUAGUUGUCCGUUGCAUUGCUACAAACAGUGUGUCUGUGUGGGUCCCAGGGCCAGUGCUGAAGCAGUCUUCUGCAUUUGCUGGAGAUCAGCUGGCCCUGCCUGCACUGGUCCUUGGGAAGGUGUUCCACACCGGUGUGGCUCCCAAAGCUACUCUGCCAUGCUCCAGCGUUUCAUCAUCCCACAUCAAGUUUCAGCUUUGAGUCAUUACGUUGAGCUUGCAGAUGUCUAAAUUAGACUAGCAGCGCCCUGUUCAAACAGUCAUGUCCUGCACUGUCAGGCCUCUCCACAAAGCUCCAAGGAUAACGAAAACAUUCAUGAAUGAAGUCAGAAGACCAGCUAGCCAUACACACUCCCUGAAUCACGGACUCAUGCUGGGGGCUCUAUUUUGUUACCUAUAAUGACAGAUUUAUUUUGUACAGAGAAUAUUUUGCUGUAAUUAUUUACAUACUGUUUUUUUUUUCCUAGAUCAUUGGGGGGGGGUGGGUGUGUGUUGGAAUUGGUUGUGUUCCCAGGAUCUUUUUAUUUAUUCUUUAUAGUGCAAUAUACAUGUGUGUGUAAACGUUAAUCCUGCAAUAUCAGCAAUCCGUGCCCUUUACUUUAUAUUAAACAACAACAACAAAAAAACGGUUUUCCUGUAAAAGGUUUGUGUGAGGAAUGAUUGUCUUUAUUUACAAAUGGCCAGGAGCUGGGUAGCUAGCAUACCAGUGGGUUACACAGAUACGAGUGCCUGAGGUAUUAAGAUUCCCUCAUUGUUUGUGGUGGGGGGAUGAGGAGCCAAUAAUUUGACUGCAAGUCUUUUUCAGUGUCUUGAAGACCUUUUUAGUAUUUCUACAUUCGGCACUAUUUACUAUUUUAAUAGUUACAGAUUAAAUACAUACUUGUUGCAGCAGCUGACUCGAGUAUAUAAGCACAUGGGGAAAAUAAAUACAUGAGAGACUUGAAUCACUCAAA